GGAAACAUGCUUACCACAUACAAGAGGGCCAAAGACCGACGCCGGGCAACUGGUGAGGCAAAAGUCACCUGGGAAUAUUACACACAAAUGGAAGACCUGUUUGGGACAUCAGGGGUAGGUAGUGCACCACCAGGCACUCUCUACUCAACAAGUUUAUUCCCAGACAAGACCUCGUCCAACCUGCCCUUAUCCACUGAAAGGGAGCAGCCUUGCCCCUCUCAUGCACAACCUAACAGUCCUGUCAGUGAGGAGCAGCCUGGUCCUUCGGCUAGCACAGAGAACCGGGCAACAAGCAGGAGAAGGUCAACCAGUCAACCUUCUUUUUAUGAGACCUAUGAGGCCCAUGCAGAAAGAAGGACUGUUGCACUGGAGUCCCUGGUGCGGCCAGACCUGGAAAGGUGGAGGAGGCUGAAAGAGAGGAGGAGAAGAGGCUUUGAAAAAAAAAUGUUAACGUACCUUGGACAAAUUGUUGAACAAUUAAAAGAUAUUUCAAGACAACAAGAAACUAUUGUCAAGCUACUGGAAAGCAAUGCUCCAACACAAUAA